CCGAGCCGUACCCGGUGCCCUUGGUCAAGAUGCCUGCCGCGCGGUCGUUACGCCGUACCAAUCCCAUCACUAUCGUCCUGGCCGGCCUGCUAUGCUUCGGCUUUCUCUACUUCAUAUUCUCCUCCGACGCUGAGGUCGCCCCAAGCGCGCAUCAAUUGCGGACAUCUGCAGCGAACGCGCUGUCACCACCCUCGCUACCAUUUAGAAAGCCAAAGUCCGAUGGCCAACAGGCUCCCCCACCGGUAGUACACUACCACAUGAACAACCUCACCACCUCGAGCGACCCUGUUGGAAACCGAGAAACCGUCCUCAUCCUUACGCCAUUGGCGCGUUUCUACCAAGAGUAUUGGGACAAUCUGCUGAAGCUGAGCUACCCGCACGAGCUUAUUUCGCUUGGCUUCAUCUUGCCAAAAGGCCGCGAUGGGAAUGCUGCGACAGCGGAAUUGCAGGCAGCUGUGGCAAAUACCCAGAGCGGACCCCAGAAAAAGCGCUUCGCGAGCGUUACGAUUCUGCGCCAGGACAAUGAAAGCCCUCUGACCUCCCAGGUCGAGUCUGAGCGACACAAGCUUGAGAACCAAAAAGCAAGGAGGGCAGCCAUGUCCAAGGCGCGCAACUCGCUGCUGUUCACCACUUUGGGCCCAACCACCUCUUGGGUCCUUUGGCUUGACUCGGAUAUCGUGGAGUCGCCACCCUCGCUAAUUCAAGAUCUCGCGGCUCAUGACAAGCCAAUUGUUGUGCCGAACUGCUUUCAGCGCUACUACAAUGAAGAGGCGAAGGAAAUGGAUAUCCGUCCCUACGAUUUCAACUCGUGGAUCGACAGCCCGACGGCUCAAGAUCUGGCCAAAUCCAUGGGCAAAGAUGAUAUUUUGCUGGAAGGUUAUGCUGAGAUGGCGACAUACCGGUCGCUCAUGGCUUACAUGAAGGAUGUUAAUCACCACGCGGAGCCGAAAAAGGAAAUCGAGCUUGAUGGUGUCGGCGGCACGGCUUUGCUGGUCAAAGCCGAUGUACACAGAGAUGGCGCGAUGUUCCCGCCAUUUGCGUUUUACCACUUGAUUGAGACGGAAGGCUUUGCGAAGAUGGCGUCCAGACUGGGCUGGAAAAGCUACGGUCUACCGAAUUACCUUGUAUACCACUAUAAUGAAUGAUAAAGAGUCCUUUAUGGGCUGUACAUUGGGCGGCGUAAGGUUUUUAUUUUUUUU